GACUUGAGGGAAGCAGGAGAAAGGCACUGAUGAUCUCCGGAUCCCCGUUUCCAGAAUGUCUGUGGAAUUUUAAAUCUGGGUGUUUCUAGAUCCACUGCGGCUCUCUCGGCAAAGGAGGGAUAUACGUUCGGAAGCGGAGGACCAGGCUGCUGAUCUGCCACCUGGACUGAGUUGCCCUCCCAGCUGCACAGCGAUUGCCACACGUGUGCCCGUGCAGAACCACUGCGGAGGAGGUAAAUAUACAGGUCCAGAGCUGAGCUGACAGACGCGCAGGCCUCCGAGGCCCCGGGGGAUGGUGGAAGCUGUGUGACGGGCACAGACCGUCAGCGAUGUGUGUGGGAGGCGCUGGGAGCAGCAGCAGUGUGUGCGUGGGUCCCCCGUCCCUCUCGUCCUGGCCCGCACCCUCUGAAACCCAGAACUGAGAAACACCCCUCUCCAGGAUGGCACCCUCUCCUCUCCCCGCUGCCCAGGCCCUGAGCUCGAACCCGGGACCAUGAAUGCGUACAGAGACCGAGCGCUGCACGGCACCACCAGGCUGCUGGAGGGAGGGGGCGAACCUCCCGGCUUCUUCUCCUCGCCCGCCCCCCCGCAGCCCCCCUUCCCCGAGCCCCACCCGCACUCCGGCCUCCACGUCCAGAACGGCCACUGUGCCCCCGAGCCGCUCGGCCCGCCCCGCGCCUCAGUGCCCAAGAUGGGCGUGCGGGCGCGCAGUGAGUGGCCGCCGCGCCGGGAGAAGUCGCGGGAGUCGCUGCUGCAGAACGGGCGGGGCGGGAGGCGGGAGGGAGCCGGCGAGCGGGCGGGGCUGUUCCGGAGGGGUGUGGCCCUGCUGCCCCGCCGCCGCUGCCUCUCCAAGGACGCAGAGUUCCGGAGGGGUGGCCUGGGCGGGAGCUCGCCCUCGCUGUUCCGCACUGCCGCCGCCACGCUGCAGCGGUCCAGCAGCGAGGUGACGCUGAGUGAGCAGGACGUGGCGGAGGUGGCGGGCGAGGCGCGGGCGGGGCUCUACCGCGAGUACGGCAGCACGUCCUCCAUCGACGUGCAAGCCGUCCCCGAGCAGAGCUUCUUCAGCAUGCUGAGCCAGUUCCACCAGGAGCGGCCCGACCAGCGCAGCCCCGCCCCCGCCCGCCUGGGGGAGAUCCUGUGCGCCGACUCCACCCCCGACGCACGCCCGGCCCCGCCCCCGCAGGUGGAGGAAGGGGGCACCGGCAGCGUGGAGCGCAGGUCCCGAAAGAAGAGCGGGGGGAACGACUCCUCCCAGACCGCCCCCUCUCUGUUCCGGAGGUUACGCAGCUCGGCGCGGGCCGAGGUCGAGGCGGGGCGGGGCGAGGCGGACGACGCCCGGCCCCCGGAGGAGGGAAAGCCCUGGCAGUGCACCAAGAGCUUCGCGCACCACGACGUGCAGAGCAUCCUGUUCGACCUGCACGAGGCCGCCGCCCAGCGGGCCCAGGUGACCCAGCGGAGGAACACCGCCACGGGGGCGUCGGCCGCCUCCUCCGCCGCCGCUGCCCGCGCCGCCGCCCGAGGAGCGGCUGGCCCCGCCGCCUCCGUCGCCGAGGAGCCGCAGCGUGGCGACGUGCCUGACCCGUCAGGGGUUGGCCCGGCCGGCUCGGGGGAGGGCCAGCUCCUCCUCAGCUGCCCGCACUUCCGCAACGAGACGGGAGGCCAGAUGGAGCGUAACGUCAGCUUCUUGCGGUCGGCGGCGGAGAGCGAGGGGGAGGGGCUGACGCUGUGUCGCAGCAACGCCAGCGUGGCCGUGCUGGAGGUGCCCCCAGACCAGCAGCUGACGCGGCUCGAGAGACUGAAGCAGCACAGCAUCGAGCACGUGGACAUGGGGGCACGAUACUACCGGGACUACUUCCACAACAAAGAGCACUCAAAUUACUUCGGAACAGACGAGAAGCUCGGGCCGGUGGCAGUGAGCAUCAGGAGGGAGAAGCUGGAGGACACCAAGGACCUCAAGGACCAGUAUCAGUACCGGAUUAUCUUCCGCACCACCGAGCUGGUGACACUGCGGGGCUCGAUCCUGGAGGAUGCGGUGCCCUCCACGGUUCGGCACGGCGCCGCCAGGGGGCUCCCCCUGAAGGAGGUGCUGGAGUGUGUGGUGCCCGAGCUGAACACGGCCUGCCUGCGCCUGGCGCUGAGCACCCCCAAAGUCACCGAGCAGCUGCUGAAGCUGGACGAGCAGGGGCUGAGCCAGAAACAGAAGGUGGGCAUCUUGCUGUGCCGGGCGGGGCAGAGCAUGGAGGAGGAGAUGUACAACAACGAGGAGGCCACGCCCGCCUUCCGCGCCUUCCUGGAGCUGCUGGGGGAGCGGGUGUGUCUGCAGGGCUUCACCAAGUACGCUGCCCAGCUGGACACCAAAACGGACUCCACCGGCACCCACUCUCUCUACACCACCUACCAGGGCUACGAGGUGAUGUUCCACGUCUCCACCAUGCUGCCAUACAUGCCCAACAACCCACAGCAGCUCCUGCGGAAGAGGCACAUCGGGAACGACAUCGUCACCAUCAUCUUCCAGGAGCCGGGCGCUCUGCCCUUCACCCCUCAGAACAUCCGCUCGCAGUUCCAGCACGUCUUCGUCAUCGUGCGCGUGCACAACCCCUGCUCCGAGAGCACCUGCUACAGCGUGGCCGUGACGACCAUGCAAGAUGUGCCUCCCUUUGGGCCCCCCAUCCCCGAAGGGGAGACCUUCCAUGACCCGGAGGCCUUCUGCGACUUCCUGCUGGCCAAGGUGAUCAACGCGGAGAACGCGGCGCACAAGUCGGACAAGUUCCACACCAUGGCGACGCGCACCCGGCAGGAGUACCUGCGCGACCUGGCGGAGAACUGCGUCAGCGGCACGCCGCUCGACUCGGCCGGCAAGCUCAACAACCUCAUCUCGCUGGCCUCCAAGCGGCGGGAGCGGGCGCGGGCGCGCGAGGGGGCGGAGCUGGGCGCCGCCGGGGCGGUGUGCUGGCGCGUGCAGGCGCGGGACUUCGGCGGGGGUGGGGCCGAGGUGCCCUGCGUCCUGGCCGUGUCUGGCGAGUACGUGGUGCUGGUGGACUGCGCCAGCAAGGAGGUGGUCUUCAACUGCCUCUGCGCCGACGUCAUCGGCUGGACCCCCGAGCGCCUCGCCCUGCGCGUCUACUACGGCCGCGGCGACCACGUCGCCAUCAGCGUCCCAGAGGGCUGUGCGGCGGACAUCCGGGAGGUGGUGCAGAGGCUGAAGGCGCUGACGGUGGGCUGCGAGACGGCGGAGAUGACGCUGCGGCGGAACGGGCUCGGGCAGCUGGGCUUCCACGUGCGGCUGGACGGCACGGUGGCGGAGGUGGAGGAGUACGGCUUCGCCUGGCAGGCUGGCCUGCGGCAGGGCAGCCGGCUGGUGGAGAUCUGCAAGGUGGCGGCCGUCACGCUGUCCCACGAGCAGAUGAUCGACCUGCUGCGCACCUCCGUCACCGUCAAGGUAGUCAUCAUCCCGCCCUACGAGACGGGCGGCGCGCGCAGGGGCUGCACUGAGGAAUAUGAAAUGAAAACUGCGGAGCAAAAACCUGAACCGGUCGUUGCCGGCUACCUUACCCCUCACCGCCCCCCAGCCUGGCGCAGGGACCGCCCCCCGGGCUCACAAAAUGAGCCUCUGCCUCAUCGGCCGAGCCCCAUGGGGCCCCAUCAGCCUCUGACCCGAACCCACAAGUCCCCGGUGCCUGUCCCAUACAGAGAGGUCCAGCACACCUUCAAUAAGAGGCCAGUGAGCUUCCCUGAGAACCACUACAACCUGUGUCCAGUAGGGGGCGACAGAGUGAUGCCCUUCCGAAGCCCGUCUGGCAGUUUCUCGACCCCAGGCUCAAGUGGGCCCUUUGUGCAGUACAAGCCCUCACCCGACAGGUACGAUGUCAGACAGCGUCCACUGCUGCCCUACGACCCGCACCUCAGCCUGGAUAUGACGUCAAGUGGAGAGUCUGGGUUCAUCAGCCAGGACAGCACCAUGGAGAGGUGCAAGACAGAGCCCCUUUGGCACAUUCCUGGCACCUCACGGAUGCCCACGGUGGGUGGAGGUGGGGGCGUGGUGCAGAAAAGAUUUCACCGGCAGGACGUCCCGGGAAAAGACUCCCCCAGCAGGAGUGUGAAGGGUGAGCCGCCGUACUCCAGUCACUCCAGCAGUAACACUCUCUCCAGCAACGCCUCCAGCAGCCACAGCGAUGAGCGCUGGUUCGACGGGGCUGGGCCCGGCGGGGGGGCGGGACCAAUCGCCGCGUCAGAGCUGGACACCGACCCGCUCAGCAAAAGGGGCUCCGGCGACAGCGGAAUCGAAGCGGCCACCCUCUACACCCCCAGCCCCAACUCCAGGGGAGGCAACCCAGAGUACACCCACGCCUGGAACUCCCAGAAGCCUUUGCACGGCACAUACAGCGGACCCCCGGAUAUGGGCAGCUCAAGCGGGGACAUGCGCCGGACAGAGUCGUCCCGCUCCGGACCCACCCCCACCCGCCAGAACAAGGGGUAUAACACUCGCACCUUCCCCUUGCCCAGCACCCCUUCUGAUGCCCUUAAAGCCAGAGCCUGCUACACACCUCAAGGGUUCAAGACGUCAUCGGUGGACAACUCGCAUGCAGGGAGAACCGCUGCAGUACUGCCAAACUCGAGCUCGAUCCGCCCCAACUCCGCCCCAAAAUCUGUCUACUGCCAGAGAAAGCACAGCUCCUGGCAACAGCACGAGGAUGGCGGCUCUGACAGCAACAGCAGCAGCCAACAGGUGGAUGUAAACUCCAAAAACGUGUUCGGUCAGCCCCGCCUACGCGCCUCGCUGCGAGACCUGCGCUCCCCACGCCGACCGCAGAAGAGCACCAUCGAGGACGACCUCAAGAAGCUUAUCAUUAUGGACAACCCGGAGACGCCUCACAGAGAGGCUGAGUCCCCCCGGCAGUCCCACCAGCUGCCCCCCCGGCAGGCUCUUCAUCGCACCUUCUCGGACGAGAGCCUCUGUAGCGGCCGGCGGGACGCCAGCUUCUCCGAUGGCCUGCUGUAUGACACCCUGGCCACGCCCAACGACCUCCUCUUCACCAACACCCUUCCCACCCGCCGACCCGCCCAUGGCGCCCAGUUGCCCAAUAAGAAGGGUGAGCCUGUCCUCCACCUGCCGUUGGCGGAGCCCGGAAGUUUUCUGACUUCUUUUCCCCAGCCUCAAGCCCCUAUAUCUGCCUCAGAGCUGUCCCUGACGGAGAUACGGGACAAGGUGGUGCCCCUGAGGUGCAUCGACCCAGGCCUCAUGCCCCUCCCUGACGCGUCCUGUGGGCUGGAGUGGGCCAGCCUGGUCAAUGCUGCCAAGGCCUAUGAGGUCCAGAGGACAGUAUCUCUCUACUCCCUCAGCGACCAGGGAACAGGGGCAGAUAUGCGACAGACCAUCAACGCAGUCCACGCCCACACCCCCCAAACGUCACGCACCCCUGCCAACAUUAGCAGUGGUGAGGUUCCUAAUGACCUGUCGGGACGGCUUUACCACCUGGAGGUGAUGCUGAAACAGCUAAAUAAGGACCUGGAGAAGGAGAAGCAGGACAAAGUAGCCCUGUUGGCAGAGGUGGCUAACCUCCGGGAGAACAACCAGCGGCUGCAGGAGGAGUCGCAAUCAGCCAGCGAGCAGCUGCGCAAUCUCAGCCAGCUGUUCAACGGUGCCUCCACAGACAAGAAGUAAAUAAAGAAAGUCCCACAUGCAGACUACAAGGCCAGGACCCCCCAGCCCCACCCAGAUAAAGCUGCUAGAGGCAGGAGGGGUCCAGGAGGGACUGUGCAGAGAGGGGAGGGUGGAGAGACAGCUCUGGCCCAAGAGGACGUCCUGACACGCACCCCUCUACCCCUCACCAGGCCAGUCCCUCACCCCAGGGUCAGUCUCACUUCAGCCAAGGGGAUCCCAAAUCUCAGACCAGGCCGACCAACAGAGACUGCUCAGCUCACCAAGAGACGCAGGCAGAGAAAAGUCCCCUCGGGCUUUGAGAUUAACAGGAAGGAAAUGACAGAGCGAAGCCAGUCUCUAACCGAAACGGGCUGAAUGGGGACCAGAUAUAAAGUGCAAAUAUAUUUUUAUAAUUCUUGGGUCGAGUCGUAAAAUGCUUAUGAAGACAAAAUCUCUGAAGACUUCUGUGAUCUGGUUCAGCCCUUGUUCAUUCUGUGUUUUGUUUAGUUAUUUCUGUUCCUUUAUUUCUUUAGCAGAAAAGUCUUAGCAGCACUCAGACGGUAUCAUUUGAUAUGUGUGCUGCAUUGCCCUACGAGGGGCCUGAUAGCGGAAAGCACUGAUCUACCAAUGCAGUCUUGUCUAUUACUUGUUUUAGUUGUGCAAUGCCUAAGUGGUACUGUGGAUCGAGGCAUCAUUACAGUGUAGCAAUAUUCCCAAACAUACACAUCACAAGUGUGGUAAAAACACAAGGCUGACAAUGAAAGUUCACAUCUUCAGCGUGCUGGAAGAAGUAAUUACUUCUGCAAAAUAAAGGCUCUGCAAAAAUGUAUGCAGUACUUGUGCAGAACUCUGAAGUGAAUAUCAGUUUCCUGCUUUCUGACAUCUUAUAUUGGUACAUCUCAUUGGUGGAGACUGGUUUAAAGGUACAUGAGUUACCUGGAUGCAGGGCAUUUUUUAUGUACAGAAAAGAGCCGACACCUUCAGCUGGGUCAUUUUUUAUUCUUGAGUGGCUCCGCAUGUAACGUUGAACCAAUGGGAAAGUGCAUUAGACGCUGAGGGUCCAGGGGCCUCUGCCCUGCGCUCAGACCUGUGGGCCAAUCCCUGUCUCUGCUCCACACCCUCUCAUCCAGGUGUGUGCAGCACAGGUACACAUAGCCGCAGUGUAGCAUCUCAUCUCACAGAAGUCUGCCGAGAAAUAUGAAUCCCCUCCCAAAUCCAGUCCAAAUAGCCUGAAGUAUUUCAUUUUAUGUGUUAUUAAUGUGCACAGGGACAUGUUGGAGGGGCAUGGGAGACAGAGGUACGGAGAGCUCCACCUAUCUGUUGUUGUGCUCAAGUCUUAAGCUCCUCCAUGUCGUUCUCAAGUCCCAGGAGGAAUAACAUACGGGCAUUUGGCUUAUGGAGUUUGCGCUUGACUUUUCUACCACUGCUGUUCUGGACACACUGCCAUUAGUGCCACCCCCUAGGUACUGUAACUGCUGUCAUGGUAACAGCGCAGCUGGAAUAUUGUGGUGGUUGACAUGAGCAAUUUAGCAGCUUACCUGAAGUGCGGGAUGAAAAAAAAAAAAGAACACUAAAACAUACUGUGAUUGUUUUACAAAGUUUUGAUCACCGCAUAUGUCUUAACUUUUUAAAAGAAUUUUUAUUUUUAUGCAUCAUAUUUUUAUGCAUUAUUUUUUUAGUUUAAGCUAAAUCCUACAAGAAGAAAAUAAUAAUAGUCGCUGCAGGUUGAUACAUUGCUGUCACUCAUGCAAAAGUCAGAAGCGUUUAGUUUAUGGUAAUUAAAAAAAAAAAAGUACGGUCAAAUUGUAUGUGAAAUUUUUAGUGUAAUAUUUUGAUAAUUUAUUUUUUGAAAAGCAAACAGACUGUAAAUGCAGAAGGUACGGUUUAGGGUUUUCCUGUCUCAUUCUGUUUGUGUUCAGAUUGCACUCUGAUCUGCUCCUGUAGCUCCCUUCCUUCUGCUGUAUACUCGGGGUCCGGCGUGAUGCUGGGGUCCUGUUAUGUAAAUGAAAAUUGACAGCUGAUCUUUUCUUAGAAGCACCUGGGGAUGUACUCUCAAUGUUUGUACAUUACACAGUGUAAAUUAUGUUUCCAUCAUUUUAUAAGUAAAUGUAUAUUGAAAAGAAAAAAAUCCUUCGUAUAGAGAGAUCUAUAUCUUAUUUAAUUCUCAU